AAAAUAAUGAUAACAAUAAAAGUUUAAUAGAAGAAAAAAAAGAAACUCUAGUAGAUUGGUUUUGCAUUUUCUUGUUGUUGCUGUGAUCAUGGAGAAUUAUGAUCAUUGUUCUUUAUUUCUAGACCCUUCACAAACACUGCCUCAUGUCUCAGAUUGUAAUUCUCUUCAUCAUCAAUUUGGUGGUGAGUUUCAUUCAUGGCCGGCACCGGUCGAAAUGGUGGCCGGAGACAGAGCUGCUAGUGCUUCCAAGAGCCAUAGUCAGGCCGAGAAGCGGCGCAGGGACCGGAUCAAUGCACAGCUUACAAGUCUAAGGAAACUAAUUCCAAAAUCUGAUAAGAUGGACAAGGCAGCUUUACUAGGAAGUGUGAUAGAGCAAGUGAAGGAUCUAAAGAGAAAAGCAAUUGAAGUUAGCAAAGCCAUAACCGUUCCAACUGAAUCCGACGAAAUAACAAUCGAAUAUGAUCCCAGUGCGCGUGACGAGAGCCUAAAGAUGAAGAACAAAGUUGUGAUCAAGGCAUCUGUUUGCUGCGACGAUCGGCCGGAGCUGUUCUCGGAACUAAUCCAAGUCCUAAAAGGAUUAAGGCUGACGGCAGUUAGAGCUGACAUAGCAAGUGUUGGUGGAAGAAUGAAAGGCACAUUUUUGCUUUGUUCUAAGGAUAAUGAAAAGGUUGUUUGCCUUGGUACUCUCAAGCAUUCACUUAAAUCAGUUGUGACAAAAAUUGCUUCAUCUUCCAUUGCAACAAAUUGGCCUACUAGAAGUCCAUAUUGAAGACUGAAUGGUAAAACACAUCCCAAUAGUGGUGCUAUUUGUGUAGAUUACUUUUUGGAAUGGAUGGCACUUAAACCCAACUUACAACACAGCAAACAAUCAUAAAAGAAAGGCUAAAUAUGUUGCAACUUUGUGACGAAUGAUCAA